AUGCCGUCUGCUACUAUUUACAAAUGCGGUAUGUGUUGGAUUUUAAAUGUUAUAUAAUGUUAUAUAAGGUUAUUUGUGAUCUUUUUUUGAAAGACAAAUAUUUCAAAGAAAAGUAUGUAAUUAAAAUAAUCACAUGAGGAACCAUUGAAGUUAUCUUGAAAUUUUGAACAAAUUUUGAAAAUGUCAUAGUUUUAAAAAAUUAUUUAAAAAGUUAAAAUAAUCUCAUCCCCUUUCAUAUUAUUUAUUUCAUCAUGUCAAGUCGUAUGUCUUCAAUUUUACUUAAGCGUAAUCAAUAUAAAUUUAUUAUCACUUCUUUACACCUCCGAUGUAAAUUCUUUUCGUCAUAUGCUGAUACAAAUCAGCAACAAAAUUUAAACCAAACAAUACAAGUUUCAAAACGUCUUAAACCGUUCAUUGGCCAGACAGUGAAAGAAAUACUUUCUGAGGUGGAUUCAAAAUACACAACCGCUUCUGAAUCGAUAACUUUUCUUAAGGCCUUAAGAAUCCAUACAAUGUUUAACAAAGUUCCUCCUGAGACUUUCACCAAUGAUCCGAAAUUUAAUUUAUUAUGUGACGUUUUUCAAAAAAACUGUGAUUCUUUAAAUUUAAACCUACUAAUAUCAGGUCUCCGUAGUUUAUUAGAAGUAGGAAUGCCAUCUCACUCCCAGUGUGUUAUAAGUGCUGAAACACAAAUUUUAAAUAACUGCUCUGAGCUGAACACUUUAAAUUUAAUUACAUGUCUAAAUUUUCAACAAAAUUUUCUGGACUCUGAUUUACAAAAGAAAGUUAAGAUUGCCCUAGAGGAAGAACUAGUCAAGAAAUUAUCGCAAGUCGCUACUCCAGCAGAAGUUUUACUUCUCUCUAAUAUCUUUCACUCAUUAGACAAGAAUCACUCAAAGGCAGUUGAACUGAAGAUUAUAGAGCUAGUGCCUUCAUUAAAUGUUCAUGAAAUGUGUAAGAUAAUUGUUUCAUUUGCUCAGCAUUCAAACCGAAAUACUGCUAUCUUAAAUGCCAUAGCUUUUCACUUGAGACAAAAGAAGGAGCUACCAGAUGUUAAAGAAACAGUCGACAUACUUUAUGCUUUCAAGAAACUAAAUUAUGUUGAAGUUAGAUUUUUACCCUAUCUAUUGCAUGCCGCUGCCCAUGAAGUUCCAAAAAUCACCCAGCCUUCAUUGAUAUCUGGAAUUCUAGUAACAUGUGGACAUUUGAAGUGGAAAAAUGUUGAGUUAUUGGAUGCUUGUACAGAAUGGAUAAAGAAAAAUUUUAAUGCUUGUCGUAAUCGAGAGUUUAUUGCUUUCAUCUUAGCCACUGCUUCUCUGUAUCAUCAUAAUGCAAAAACUAAGGAAGUCAUUGAACUGAUAUUACCUUUUAUUACUCCUGAAAAAAUUGAGUCUUCAAAUGUUUUGUUAGAUGUUGCAUGGUCAUUAAGUAUUUUUGAUAUGUUACCAAAGGAUCUUCUGCUCCAUGUGUUAUCUGCUGGUUUUUAUAAACCUUUAUUAGAUGUGCCUGAUCCUCAAGUUCAAAUCACUAAUAAGCUUAAGCUGAUGAAUUUAAAAGGAGUUUUAAAAGUGAAGUAUCCUGAACACAUAUUUGGAUGUGAUCUUUACUUAGAACCUAUAAAACUAAAAGAUAGUUCUGAUAUUGAAAAUGGUAGGAGGCAUGUGAUUAAGGUUUUGAGCAAUUUUGUUCCAACAGAGAAAUGUUUGUGCACCAAUCAAACUAACGAUAUGGGCAUUUUUAUAGAUGCAGAGUUUAUUAUGGAUAAAAAUAAAAAACCAUUAUCUUUAGCUGAAUAUGGUGUGAUAGCUCAGACUCCAAAAAAAUCUAAGUUGUUACCCUCAGGAGCUCAAAGAAUAGCACUUUUAGUAAUGUUCCAUAAAGACUAUGUACAAAACUCUGGAAACUUAACUGGAGUAAAUAUUCUAGCAGCAAAAUUAUUAACUCAUCUAGGUUAUGCAGUUGUACAAAUACUAUAUGAUGACUUAAUACGCAAUCGAACUGAACUACAAAAGGCAAAACAUCUCAUGCAAAAAAUUACAACUGCUAUACAGAAUACCAAAAGAGGCAAUGUUUGAUUUUAAAUUAUUAAUAAAUAGCUUUUUUU